GAUCACAUGAGUAUGAAGAUACUUUUUGUAACUUAAGAGAUGUUGAUACCAACAAGAGUGAUGCGGGGGGUUAGCAGGAAUCACUCAAAGCAUCAGUGCGCUUUUGACUAAACUUUCACCUUUACUGGGACGACGAUGCUCUGACCGACUGCAGUGGAGCAGAUGGAUUAAUACUCAUUUAUGGAGCGAGAUGAAGAAAUUGCAGUGACACCGACUGAAUGAGUGGUGUGGUCGGGUCGUCCAGACCAGAAGAUCCAACCAACGCACCACUUAUUAAGGACACGAUGUUACUGGCCUCUGCCGUGGUCGUCUGGGAAUGGCUCAACGAACACGGACGGUGGCGUCCCUACAGCCCGGCCGUGUCUCACCAUAUCGAGGCGGUGAUACGAAGCGAUCCUCGGGGCGGCAGCGUUGUGCUAGGCCAAGUCGACAACCGCCUCUCACCGUACAUUAUAGAUCUACAGUCCAUGCAUCAGUUCCGACAAGAUACGGGCACGUUGAGACCGGUACGACGCAGCUUCUAUGACCCCACGUCAGCGCCGGGCCAGGGUUGGUUGUGGGAGUGGGAGAACGACACCGGCUCCUGGACGACGUACGACAUGGAAGUCGGCAUCACCAUCCAGGCGGCGCGGGACCGUAACCAACCCUGGCUGGACCUGGCGCCGCUGGGGUUUUGCUACCUCAUCGAUUUCCAGAGCAUGACGCAGAUCAACCGGCAGACGCAGCGGUGCAGACGCAUCCAGCGGCGCUCGGACAUGGCCUACCCUCUCGUGUCCGGCCCGCUCCCCAAAUCGGCCCAAGGAGGCUGGGCCACCUCAGGCACAGGGGGGGGAAGUGCUGGGGGCUCAACGGGGAUGCUCUUAGGUGUUGGGGUGUCUGGUGUCACCUUGUCCAGUGGGGGACACAAUGGCGGUAGCAGCAGUAACGGGAGUGUUGUGUAUCCCAGCAGUACGGUCUCCAUGUCCUCCCUGGCCUCUCUAGGUCAGCCUUGUGCCUGUCAGCAGUGUAUGCUUGUGAUGAGCGUCAAAGCCAACGCUAUGGCGGCAUCGCACACCUUGGGCCGCAAGCCCUCGCAGUCCAAGCCGGCCCUGAGCCCCAAAGGUACAGCCGCGGGUACUUCCGGUUCCGCCGGUACGAACUCGAACUCGUACUCGCACACUCUUCCGCACGCACUCUCGUACGCUGCCUCGGCGAGGACUCUCUCCCCACGCAGAAGCGCCGCCGCGUUCGCCCACUCCAUCUCCCUGCUCACCUCCGGCACUGCCACGCUGUCCGUCUCCAACCGACCCCCUCCGCCACCUCUGCCCCCACCCCAGCCACCCACACCAGCCAAUCAGCAGCAGCUCCAAGGCACGUCCUCCACGCCUGGCCCCCCUCCUUCCUCCUCCCCCUCCACCACCACCUCGACGCCGUCGGUGCCCACUGCCACGCUCAUCACCACGGCGACCACCAUCACCUCUUCGUCCUCAUCCCUUCCUUCACCUGCCGUGCCCGCGCAACGCUCCGCCGCCUGUGCCGCCCCACUGCCGCCCCGUGCCAGCUUGGCGGGCCUCAGCCGUCCUGCCCUGCAACGCAUUGCCAUGGCACAGUCGCGGGCACUUAUCGCCUCAGGGGUGCCCACUGUGCCAGUGAAGAACCUGAACGGCGCCAGCCCGGUGCACCCGGCGCUGGCAGGCAUAACGGGGAUCCUGAUGAGCGCCGCCGCGCUGCCCGUGUGCCUCACGCGCCCGCCCAAGCUGGUGCUACACCCGCCGCCCGUCAGCAAGAGCGACAUCAAGCCCAUCCCCGGCCUCGGCCACUGCUGCCGCAAAACCACCAAGAAGCAGGCUCGCAAGGGCAAGACUCCAGAGGAAGUAGUGAAGCGCUACUUGCAGAAGGUCCGCACCACCCCUGAGGAGGACUGCACCAUCUGUAUGGAGGCUCUGGGGGGUCCGUCCGGCUACAAAGGCCCCGGAGUCGGGGGCAUCUCUCGGGGGGAGUCCGUGGGCCGUCUGGCCCAGUGUGGCCACCAAUACCACGUCCAGUGCCUGGUGGCGAUGUACAACAACGGCAAUAAAGAUGGCAGCCUCCAGUGUCCAACGUGUAAGACCAUCUACGGGGUGAAGACGGGAAACCAGCCGCCCGGCAAGAUGGAGUACCACGUCAUCCCCCACUCCCUGCCUGGCCACCCCGACUGCAAGACCAUCCGCAUCAUCUACAACAUCCCCCCAGGCAUCCAGGGACCUGAGCACCCAAACCCAGGCAAACCUUUCACCGCAAGAGGCUUCCCUCGUCACUGCUAUCUCCCAGACAGCGAGAAAGGACGCAAGGUGCUGCGGCUGCUGCUGGUGGCAUGGGACCGGCGUCUGAUCUUCUCCGUGGGCACGUCCAGCACCACCGGCGAGUCCGACACCGUCAUCUGGAACGAGGUCCACCACAAGACCGAGUUUGGCUCCAACCUCACGGGCCACGGGUACCCUGACCCUGGCUACCUGGACAAUGUUUUGGAAGAGCUGAAAGCCCAGGGCAUCACAGAGGACGAGAUUCCACAGUGAUGAGGAACGGAGGGAGUGGGGCAGAGAGAAGCUGAGAGGAGGAGGAGGAGGAGGAG